AUUUCCAACUCGUGAUAAUAUAGUUGUGGAAAAUGAUGAGGGUUUAUCUGCAAUUUUUAAUAAUGCUUUGGCUAAACGAGAAGAGAUCUUUUUUAUGGCUGUUGAUUUUGAGAGAUCAUCAGAAAAAAUAGGUGAAAAAAAUCAUUAUGUUUUACGUCUUUACGGCUCUCUCAUCAAUGGCCAAAAAGCGGUAGUUACUCUUACGGGAAUCCAGAUUUUCUUUGAUAUACUUGUACCCAAUAAUGAAACUGUAAAUGAGUUUAGAAUAAAAAUAGAUGAAAUUCUUAGUAAUACGAUAAACAUCUAUAAAAUAGAACAUAUUAAGGCCUUUCCCUUACAUGAUAACAAUUUCGAAACCGCUUCAGAUGAUAUGUUCUCAUUCCACCGUAAAAUAGCUAGAGAAAAUAGAAUUGCGAUUUCUGGAAAGAAAAAGGAAUGCCUUGGAAAAAUGAUAAAUUCAGUUAAAGAGAAAG